AUGCGACAAUUAAAUAAAUUUACAUUUAACAUUUGCCCAACUGUUAGUAUUCAUAAUCAAAUUAAUUUACUGUCGAAUGAAGAUAUUAAAUAUACAUUCAAUGACUUUCAAAAAAAUAAACAGAUUAUUUCUUGUGUUGAUAAUUUUUCUGAGAUUGAACGAGAUGAAUGUCAUAUUUAUUUUUGUCCAUAUGAAUCGAAAGAGUAUCACAAAAUAACAAAUAAUUUUCCAGGUGGAAUAUUUAUACAUGUUCAUGAAAUAGCGUUAUUUGAUGAACAACCUUUUGAACAUAAAUCUUUUUUUCAAAUCUCUCAAUCAUUUCGAUUUAUGAAAAAAUUAACUUUAAUUAAUGAUAAACGAUCUAGAAAAUUACAUGAUAACAAUGAACAUUUAUCAAUCAUUAAGUAUCCACAUCUAUCUCAACUUGAUCUUAGUGAAGCUCAGGAUGACUAUAUCGAACAAUUUCUUGUUGAUACGAAAACCUGUUUACCAAAUAGUUUCUAUCUUUGCUGUCGAUUAUCAAGUACUGAAAAGAGUGACACAACACUUUGCAAGAAAUACAAUAUGAAUAAAUUGUUUAAAAGUGCGUUUGUUAUGUUUAAUUGUAUAUUUCAAGGAUUGUCUUUAUUUGAUAGACGUUUUAAUCAACUUCGGGUACUUCAUGUUAACAGUUCUUGGAUUCGUUAUUCUUCACGUCUAACAAUCAAUAAUACGGAAAAUUUACCUAAUUUAAAAUGCUUUUCAUUAUAUUGUGAUACAGAUACAGUUGUUUAUGAUGAAUUAAUUGUUCCACUUUUACAUCGAAUGUUAGAUUUAGAAAAACUUCAUUUAUAUCUAAUAAUUGGUUACAAGAACACAUUUAUUGAUGGCAAUAAUUUGAAAAGAAAUAUUAUCAAUCAUAUGCCACCAUUAAAUAUAUUUACAUUUAACAUUCGCACAACUGUUCAUCUUCAUAAUCUAAAUUAA